AUUUAUGAAUUUAACAAUGGAUUACAUAUAUAUCUGAAAAGAUAACUUAAUAACAUAUAAUGUCAGAGUUACCUGCUGAUAGAGCAAGUCUGAGUCAUUCCCAUUGUAAUGGGAUAUCUGACUUGAAAAAUAUGGAAGGUAGUAAAGUUGUACCUAAUGGUCUUCACACAGUAAUAUCUACUGAAGUUGUUUCCAAAGAACUGAAGGACUUGGUUAGGAGUGAUGAAGAUGGCGUAAAAACAGAAUAUUCUUCACAAGAUAAAAUUAUGAAGUCAACAAAUGAAUUGAUAGACAAAUUUUCUGCCACUAUGGCACUUUCAUUAAUAAACUCAAACCAGUGUAAUGAUCAAAUCAAUGCAUCAGAGACAAAUCUUCCCAAAGAAGCCACAAGAAAUUAUGACAAUUUGUCUGCAGCAAAUGGAGAGACUUCACAAUUAACCAAUAUGUUGACAGACUCGACUGUGAAAUUCCCCCUCUCAAAAACUGAUAGUUCUGGUUAUACUGUAAUGGAAAAGGAUGGAAUAAUGUAUAUGAGGUAUGAAAGCGAACGGCAGAUGGCAGCAAUUAUGCAGCUCAUCACCAAAGAUUUGUCAGAACCCUACUCUAUUUAUACUUAUCGAUAUUUUAUCCACAACUGGCCUCAUUUAUGCUUUUUGGCCAUGCAUGAAUCUGAAUAUGUUGGUGCGAUUGUAUGCAAACUGGAUCUCCAUAAAAAGAUAACAAGGAGAGGAUACAUCGCUAUGUUAGCAGUUGAUAAGACUGUUAGGCGGAAAAGAAUCGGUACAAAUCUAGUAAAAAUGGCGAUUGAAACAAUGAACAUAGAAGGGUGUGAUGAGGUCGUUUUAGAAACAGAGGUCACAAAUCAGCCUGCGUUGAAGCUAUAUGAAAAUCUUGGGUUUGUUAGGGAUAAAAGACUGUUCCGUUACUAUCUUAAUGGAGUUGAUGCAUUACGGCUCAAGCUCUGGCUCCGCUAGGCAGUUCAAUUUCUUCAUUUUGAGUGUUUUUGUUUGAAAAGUUGUUUGAGACCAGAUAAUGAAUUUCUGAAAAAUGUGAAUCAAAAUUUUAUGUAUAUAGAAUUUUGCUGUAGCCUGGUUCAAUUUAAAAUAUUCUGCCAUUGGUAAAUAUCUUGGUUAUGACAUAUAUAGAGGAAACAUCGCACUUAUAUCUAUCAGCUGUUUUUAUCAAGGUUUCAGCUAUAUCAAUAUUUCAAUACUUCAUGUUUCAUUCUAGUUUAUACAUGGUUAAUUUCAGUGGUCAAUCUCAUUGUUUAGAAUUGAUAAAUUCGUUUUUGGCUCAGAUUUUUGAUGCAAAUAUAAUUGCAUUAGUGUUUGCGA